AUGAGUAAUACUCAGUAUCCAAUAGAGAUUUCCACAAGAUAUUUACAAACCAACAGAGGUUUGAUAACCCCAAUGGGGGUGGUGUACCAGGUGUACAACACGAGGAAGUCUGAGUCUACCAACAGCAACCGUAAGAAUCUGAUUAUGGUCUCUGAUGGUGUCUACCAUAUGAAGGCUCUGCUGAGGAAUCAAGCUGCUUCAAAGUUUCAAUCUUUGGAGUUGCAGAGGGGCGAUGUUAUUCGUGUAACCGUUGCUGAACCGGCCAUCGUGAGAGAAAGGAAGAAGUAUGUGUUGUUGGUAGAUGAUUUUGAGCUUAUACAGUCUGGGUUGGAUUUAAUCAACCAGUCAAGUGAGUUUUUGGAUAGCUACUUUGCGGAUCACCCAAAUGAGAGUCUAAAAGAUUCAGUGGCCGGGGGAACAUCAGCUCCACCACCAGUGCAACCUCAGCAACAACAGCCAGCUCAAAAGUUACCUCAACCUAACCAGCCGCAACAAAAGCACGAUACUCUAGGCUCAUCUUCACAGAAAUCGAGGCCUAUCUUCGCUAUCGAACAAUUGUCACCAUAUCAGAAUAUGUGGACUAUCAAAGCCAGAGUUUCCUACAAGGGAGAUAUCAAGACGUGGCACAACCAAAAGGGUGAAGGUAAGUUGUUCAAUGUAAAUUUCCUUGACACUUCGGGUGAAAUUAGGGCCACAGCCUUCAACGAAAUGGCCACCAAGUUCAAUGAGAUAUUACAGGAAGGUAGAGUUUACUACAUAUCGAAGGCUAGAUUGCAACCAGCUAAACCGCAGUUCACCAAUUUGACUCAUCCCUACGAGUUAAGCAUGGACCGAGACACUGUAGUGGAAGAAUGUUUUGAUGAGAGUAACGUUCCAAAGACCCAUUUCAGCUUCACAAAAUUGAAUGCUAUUCCAAAUCAAGAAGCCAACUCUACUGUCGACGUCCUUGGAAUAAUUCAGACGGUAAACCCUCAAUUUGAGCUCACUUCAAGAGCCGGUAAGAAAUUCGAUCGUCGUGACAUCGACAUAGUGGAUGACUCAGGUUAUUCUAUCACUGUUGGCCUCUGGAACCAGCAAGCUGUCGAUUUCAACCUAGCGGAAGGUUCUGUUGUGGCUUUCAAAGGCAUAAGGGUUACUGACUUUGGCGGGAAGUCCCUCUCGAUGGGGUUCACGAGUACUAUGAUCCCCAACCCAGAAGUACCGGAAGCCUAUGCUUUAAAGGGUUGGUACGACCAGAAAGGUCACUCAGAGAACUUUUCCUCUUUGAAACAGGAGGCCGGUGCAGCAUCCUCUGGUGCUAAUUUGGCCAAAUUUAUCUCUCAACGUAUAAGUAUUGCGACUGCUCAAAAUGAGAAUUUGGGUAGAAGUGAAAAGGGAGACUUCUUCAGCAUCAAAGGCGCAGUCAAUUUUUUGAAAGUUGACAACUUCGCUUAUCCUGCUUGCUCGAAUGAGAAUUGUAAUAAGAAGGUUAUCGAAGAAUCCGACGGUACUUGGAGAUGUGAAAAAUGUGAUACCAACAAUCAAGCUCCAGAUUGGAGGUAUAUGUUAACGCUGUCUGUUCUGGAUGAAACUGGUCAGAUGUGGGUUACAGUUUUCAACGAUCAGGCCAAACAGUUGUUAGGGAUUGGUGCCAAUGAAUUGAUGGCAAUGAAGGACAACGAUGCAGAUUUGUUCACCAAAACUAUCCAAGGUAUUCAAAUGAACCAGUAUGAUUUUAGAAUCAGAGCCAGGGAGGAUAACUACAACAAUCAGAGUAGAAUAAGGUACACAAUUUCCAAUCUGCACUUGCUCAACUUUAAAGCAGAGGCGGAUUACUUAGCUGAAGAGUUAAGAAACGCUUUUCUAUGCUAA